GAAAACAGAACGAAUCAUAUAUGUACACAAACAUACAGUGACGUUGAAUUUGUUUUGACCUACGUAUCUUUAUUAUGUACAAAAAUAUAAUAUCGUAUGUAAUUUCUCAUCGUAGUUUAUAAAAAACUAAGAACUUAAUUAAUUAUUUUUCUCGUGAACUUGAUUUUAAAUAAAAAGUUUUGAAAUUUAAAUAACAUCCAUGAUAAUUCUUUGUAAUUUUGCAAUUCGUCAUUGGAUGAGUAAACAAAAUUGAGAUAAAACUUGGACUUGUGCUCAUUAAUUUGGUUUAAAAAUUUGAUGGAUAAAAAAAACGGGAAUUCAAAGGAUGAAUGGGGAGCAGAAGUUGGCUCUCACAUCCAACGAGUCUCUAUGAAUAAUUUAAUCAUGAAUUAUUUAGUGACAGAAGGAUUCAAGGAAGCAGCUGAAAAAUUUCAGCAAGAGUCUGGAGUUGGUCCGACAAUUGAAUUGAAUUCUAUGGAUGAUAGGAUUCGUAUCAGAGACGCUGUACAAAAUGGACGUAUCCAAGAAGCAACUGAUUUAGUCAAUCAACUUCAUCCGGAGUUACUUGACAAUGACAGAUAUUUAUACUUCCAUCUGCAGCAAUUACAUUUAAUAGAAUUAAUAAGAACUGGACGGAUUGAAGAAGCGUUGCAGUUUGCCCAGGAACAAUUAAGUGAAGCUGGUGAAUCAGAUGACAAUAUUCUGAGUGAAUUAGAAAGAACUCUUGCUUUAUUAGCUUUUGAAGAACCACAGAAAAGUCCAUUUAGUGAUUUACUGCAUCCAUCUCAUAGACAAAAGAUUGCUAGUGAAUUAAAUACAGCUAUUUUGAAAAUGGAACACAGAGAAUCAACAAACCCGAGAUUAAAUAAUUUAUUGAAAAUGAUUCUAUGGGCGCAAGAUGAAUUAGAUAAGAAAAAAGUCAAAUAUCCAAAAAUGACAGAUUUAGGAAGUGCGACUAUUGAAAGUCCUAAGUAACCGAAUUCAAAUAAGGACUGUCGAGGGCAAUCUCAGACAGUGCCUCACUUUUUAAAAAUAUGCAAUAACUUUAAACUGUCAUAAGCAUAUCAAAAUACUAUUAAUUAAUUUAAAAAAAAAUUAAAACCUCAAUUGAAAAAAGAGCGACGUCGUUGCAAUUUCGCCGAGACAUAGAAUUUUAAAAAAUUACUUACAGUUGUCAUCGAUUAGGAGUUAAACAAAAUUUAAAAUUCGAAUUAUAAAAUUGACAAGAAUUUACUGAAAUUUAUUUUCCGAAUUUCGUUUGACUCCCGAUUGAUACCAACCAUAAGUAAUUUUUUUUAAAUCUCUCAGCAAAAUUGUUCUUUUUUCAAUUAAUGUUUCAAUUCUUUUUUAAUUAAUUAAUAAAAUUUUAAUGCGCUUAUAACAGUUGUCAUUGACAAUUUUUAAAAAAUGGGGACACUGUCUGAGAAUGCCCUUAAAUAAAUCGAGAUCUAUUCAAUAAUAAUAUUAGUUUGAAAAUCAUUUAUAUAUAUAUUUAAUAUUAGUAUUAGCGUUAAAUGUAGCUCAGGAUUUUUUCACGUGGAAAAUAACUAAGGGUCAUUUAAAUAUCAGCUAUAUUAUUAUUUGUUUCAAUCUAGAUUAGUUUUUUUCUUCUUGUUCAUCACAAUGUAAAUUAUUUCACCUGUAUUCAAUUUGCGUAAAAUAAUAUUUGAAUACUAAAAGAAAAAAAAUAAAUUAUGAAAUACUACUUGAGAAAUUGUGAAAUAUUAUUUAAUAUAAAGACUCUAUAAUCGUCGAUAAUUGUAUCAUAUCGUACAUGGUAAUUAAAACUAAACACUAGAAAUGUAUUCAUUGUAGAUAUAAUAUAAGAAAUAUUCAAAUAUAAUAAAAAAAAAUUUAAUUACUAUCUUAUUACAAAAGUUCCAACUUUUAAAUAUUUAUAAUUACAAAUAAGUAAUACAAUAUAAAUGAUAUUAAAAUUAUAUUAUAGCUAUAAAAUUGAUUUAUUUAUUUAUUUAUUAUGAAUAUUUAUUUGAUAACCUAUACUAAAACGGAAAUGUUUUGAAAUACAAAUUCAUGUGAGCGUCGAUAUCGCGUUACUAAUUCAAAAGUGACAUAUUUUUAUACGCCUUGAGUUUAGAUUAAUCAAAAGGGCGUAUAACUUUUUUUUAAUUGCAAGUCAUAUUGUAAGUUUAUUCUGAAAGUGAAAGUUUAAAAUAAACAUUUGAGCGCCAAAAGGGAGUAAAUUACGUACCUGAAGAUUGGUAAGGUAAGAGACCUAGUACCCGA